GCGUAUGUGACACACAGGGAACUAGAGUUGCCUUUGUCAUUCACCAUGGCUGCCUGCGAAGAUCUGCAAAUUGUAACAGCGAACCAUUAAAGACAAUCUCUGGAGGUUCGAGGAUCUUAAUACACAGAAUGACUUUUUUCUGUUGUGGUGUUAAUUGAAAGGGCCGGGACAUUUGGCACCAGUGAGUGACAAGUGGUUCUCUAAGCACCUCUGGCAGAUGUAACCCUGUCAGAGCUUUUAAAAUUGAAGUUUUGUCUGGAAACUGAUCACUAACAGCAGAUGAAGUGAAGGUUGAUUCUGGGACACCAGCUCUUCCUUAAGCUGUCCCCAAAGGAAAGCGAAAUGAGCAAAAUAUAUCUGCAUUCCUAAAAUAGCAGCAGGCAGUGUGAGCUGACUGGCCUGCAGGAAAAAAACAUGAAAAGUACCUUACAGGCAUUCAUUCAGCUUCUAUUCUGUUCAGUGCGUUACCACAAGUCUUUCACUGUCUGUUUCUGGUCAGCAGCUUAGACCAAAGCUGCACAGCUGCUACUGGAGCUAAGCAAUGAUAACGGUAUGGACUGUGGGGAUGAAUACAAACCUCGGUACAUGGGAGAAUGAGAGAUUGUGCCAGUAACAUCAUGCUUUCCACCAUGUCAUCAUGUUGCCAGCAGUUUCUGGGUCUCACCCUGAUGGUUCUGGUCACACGUUCGACGGUCAGCUGUCCGGCGCGGUGUGAGUGCGCCCCUCAGAUCAAGUCAGUGGUCUGCCACAGGAAGCGACUGACUGCCAUUCCGGAAGGUAUUCCCAUUGAAACCAAAGUCCUGGACCUAAGCAAAAACAGGCUUCGAUGUAUCAGCUCUGGCGACCUGUCGACAUUCCCUCUUUUGGAAGAGGUUGACCUGAGUGAGAACAUCAUCACCAAUAUAGAACCCGGUGCCUUCAGCAACCUGUUCAACCUGCGCUCCUUGCAACUACGCGGGAACCAGCUCAAGCUGAUCCCCACCGGUGUCUUCUCACGCCUCACCAACCUCACCCGCCUGGACCUCAGUGAGAACAAGAUUGUCAUCUUGCUGGACCACAUGUUCCAGGACUUGCGGAACCUGAAGCAGUUGGAGGUGGGCGACAAUGACUUGGUUUACAUCUCCCAGCGGGCCUUCAGUGGCCUGCUUGGCCUGGAACAACUCACCAUUGAGAAGUGUAACCUGACCUCCAUCUCUGCCGAAUCCCUCUCCUAUCUGGAGAACCUGGGCACCCUCCGGCUGCGUUACCUCAGCAUCAGCUUCCUGGAGGAGCAGAACUUCAGGAAGCUCUACAACCUGAAGGAAUUGGAGAUCGAUUCCUGGCCUCUUCUGGAGACCAUCACUCCCACCACCCUGUAUGGUCUGAACCUCACCUAUCUCUCCAUCACCAGCACCAACCUCUCCUCAGUUCCCUCCGGAGCCUUCAGAAACCUGGUCUAUCUCAAGCUGUUGAACUUGUCCUACAACCCCAUCACCACCAUAGAAUCCGGAUCCUUCCGUGACUUAAUCCGGCUUCAGCACUUGUACUUGGUAAGUACAAUGCUCACCACCAUCCAGCCACAUGCAUUUCUGGGGCUGAAGCAGCUCCAAGUGCUGAACGUUUCCAACAAUUUCUUGGCGACGCUGGAAGAGAGCACUUUGCACUCGGUGGCCAACCUGGCUGUGCUACGUCUUGACAACAACCCCCUCUCCUGCGACUGCCGCCUCCUGUGGCUUCUGCAGAAGAGAAAAACACUGAGUUUCGACCAUAAGCAACCAGUGUGCGCCUCCCCAGCGGACAUUCAAGGCAGCCGGCUGAAUGACUUUGAGGACUCUGCCCUUCACGACUACUUUACUUGCCAAAAGCCCAAAAUACGGGACCGAACACCGCAGCGCGUGACAGCAGGUGAGGGACAGACGGUCUACUUCACCUGCCGGGCAGACGGAGAGCCGGCACCGGUGAUAAUGUGGGUGUCUCCCCAGCGGAGGAUGAUCACUAGCAAGAGCAACGGCCGAGCUACCAUUCUGCCGGGAGGAACCCUGGAGAUCCGCUUCGUCCAGGUGCACGACAGUGGCACCCAUAUCUGCAUCGCCAGCAAUGCCGGCGGAAAUGACACGUCCUUCGCCGUGCUAACGGUGAAGAGCCAGAGAUCAGACGGAUCCCUGUACGCCAACAGGACCUCGUCCCUCUCAGAGUUCAACGAGACUGCCCUCAAUGAUACGCAGGUGCUCCUGAAGUUUACCCUGGACCUGAAGACCAUCCUGGUGUCCACCGCCAUGGGUUGUAUCACCUUCCUGGGUGUGGUGCUGUUCUGCUUUCUGAUCCUGUUUGUGUGGAGCCGAGGGAGAGGGCACCACAAGAACAACUUCUCAGUGGAGUACUCCUUUCGCAAGGUGGACGGGCCAACCGUGAGUGGCGGACAAGGAGGUGCCAGAAAGUUCAAUAUGAAGAUGAUAUAAGUCAUUGCUGGGACCCCUCUGGUUAUAAGUUUACCUGUGGUCAAUAAGAUGGUUGAUCAUCUGAUUCAUGCAGACGUUUGCUUAUAAUGUUCAAAUAAUAAGCAUAAUCUACAGUAAGUUGUGUGGGUUACUCUGGCUCAGAGAGCUGGAAAUGCAUGCUGUAAAUAGUCACUCAGUGCCGGAAUGGAUUUGGGCUGUCACAAUCAUUGGCACCAACUUGAUUUGAAAAAAAAUAGUUAUUUUUGUCACAUCUGGGUAGAAAUGGAAUUGUGACUGAAUUUGAAUGUACUAAAAGGUGGACGAUGCAGAACUGCUCCCGAUACUCCGGGUUGUACAUGAAGGUGAUGAUAUUCUGUGGGACACAGCGCCUUUGAGUGAUUGCUUUGAGGCACAAGGUGUUAGGAAGUGUAGAGGAAUCUUGACCCCAACGCAGAGCAGUGGAGGCAAUUUAGCAGUAAGGGGUCACUUUGAUAAUAAACUGCAAAAUAUCAAGCCGUGAGUGGCCACUAAACAAGAGGGAAUGAAUACUUAAGGCAACAAGGACAUUGAAGGCUAGGGGCAACUGGUUGAGGCUGGCUGGUUUGUGGAAGUGAACAAGGACUGUGGAUGAGAGCUGGGUUUAAAUAGGCUGCAGGUGAUGAGUUGGAAACAAGUGGCAGGUGACUCGUGUUAGCUGGCUGGAGACUGGGAGGUGCCUGCUGGUGCAGGCCUGACAUAAGGAGGCUGUUGGGGCCUGUCUGCCGCAGUCAGACAGGGCCCAAGGGUGGAGAGCGGUGAAGGGCUCUUCAUUCGCACAGACAGCAGGCCAAGUGCUCAAGCCAGACAGAUGGCCAGAAAAGCUGCUGCUCCAACCAAAUGUUGGCCAACGCUGGUCAGCAUGGCAAGGCAAGUUUUCAGUAUGGGCCCCCCUCAAGCCCAGUUUCGAUGGCAUCCAUUGUCCAUGCAUCCCAUCCAGGUACUUUACCUUUCCAACUAAUGUCAUAAGCCCAGGAAGCAUAAAAAGUCCCGUAAUGCAUCCUCCUCUAGUUAUCCAUCACCCUGUAUUACUUGACUGAAUAUUCAGAUGCUUUGAUUAUUCGGACAAAUAAUCCCCAUGUGACAAGCAAGCACAGGCCCUAAAUACUGCCAACCAUGUGUACACGGCCAUGAGAAUCCAUUGUCACUUCCUCUGGGAGAUGGAAAGAUGUUGGAAGCGUUGCUUGGAAAUAAAACUCAGUUAAUUCUCCCCCUCGAUAAUGAAAUGCUGCUUCAAUGGUUAUCUCAAUUUGAAGUUCCUUUAACAGGCGAUCAAAUGGAUAACUUGCUCAUGUUGUUCCAUCGUUACCAGAAAGUAAUGUAACUGUACACUAUUUCUUUCCGCAUUUUUAUUAAAUCUGACUGCAUUUGGAUUUAAAGAAGGAUCCAUUCUGAACUUUCUGAAUAGAUAAAUCUUUGUCAGCUGUCUGAAUUAGACCUUUUAUUUUAAAUUAAGGGACAAGCAAAACGUUACCAUGGCAAUAGGUGCAAAACUGUUUAAUUUAAUGUUUUUAUUGUUUUGUAAAAAUAUCCCAAAAAAGAUAUUAUGCUUUUGCCAGUGGCUUGCAGAGUCUUUUUGAUGCUUUCCUCAUCCUUUACCCUAGCCACAAAUAUCUCCCGAUCCCCAUUCAUCAAAAAACUUUCACCUAAAGCAAUUGUGUAUCAAUUCCACAUCACUUUACAGACACAACACACAAUAUUCAAACAGUAUUAUACUCUAAUAAGCAAAUACAUGUUUUAAAAAACUGACUAGCUUGUCAUAUGGGACACAGUUCACUGCAGCAAAGACUAAAUCAGAAAUAAGUGCAUAAACGCAAGAUUCUGCAGAUGCUGGAAAUGUUUGGGGAGGCCAACAUGACUUUUCAUAUUAAACAGCCUGCAUUAUUGAUAAUGCUGUAGCUUUGGAGCAGACUCAGGCUAGAAAUUGCUCCCACCUAGAAAGGCCUUUCAAUUGGAGGGAUGGGGUUGGGGGAUGUCAUUGGAGGGGAGUGAGGGGAAUUCAGUGUUGGACUUCAGGCAGGAACUUAAAGAGUUAAGGACGUAUUUUAGUUGGAAUUUGGAGGACUGAUGCAACCAGGUUGGGUUGGGGAUAAGAAAGCAUCUGAGAAAUGAUCAGAGAACCAAACUAGGAAACAGCCACCCGGGCGUCAACAGGAUUCAGAAUCGGAAUUAUUCACCACACGUACAUCAAAACAUACAGUGAAGUGUGUAACUUGCAUUAACAACCAACCCUGGAAUGUAUCGACACACAUUCCAGGGCCAAUAUAGCAUGCCUACAACGUUCAACAGACUAACACAAGGAACGAUCUCACAAAACAGGACAACAUGGAAAAACUACUGUCAGAAGGUUAAGGUGUUUGACACUGUCUGCCAUGAACUAGCCAGGCUGAUCUCCCUUAGUUAGCUCAGAAUCAGGUCAAAGCCUGGAUCUGCGUGACUGACCCAGAACAAUCAUAAGUCACAGGUGACCAAAAGAUCUAAAGGAAACCCUCCAGUGGGAAGGUUGGAGUGUUUGACACUGCUGGGAGUAGCCAGGCUGAUCUCCCACAGUUAGCUCAGCAUCAGGCCCAAGCUGGCAAGUUAAGGCUUGGAUCUGUGUGACAGACCUGGAGCAAUCACGGACUACAGAUAACAAAAUGAAGUGAAUGUUACUGCCCAGCUAUAGAAUCCUCUAGGCCAUGCACACAGGGCAGCUUGAACAUCUGUAAAAUAACGUCAUCUAUCUUUGCCUUCUGUUUACAGGUAAGUCAAAUCAAAUCAAGUUUAAUUAUCAUUCAAACCAUACAUGAAUACAGCUGAAGGAGACAGUGUUUCUCUGGGGCCAAAUAGAGAGAGAGAGAGAGAGAGAGAGAGAGAGAGAGAGAGAGAGAGAAACACACACAACAGAAGAAAACUCAUGUCUAGUCCAAGUCCCUGAGUGACGUGCAAAUUGAUGGUACAGCUCCUGGCCAUACAGCCUGUCAUUCCACCAGUCAAAUGUUGGAGGGCAAAUAAAAAUCUUUCAAUUAACAUACAAAAGAAUUUCUAGGCAUGGUAUUUUCUCCUGUGAUUGAGGAUAAUUGGCUUCCACUCCGGACUGAGGGAAGGGCACACGCUGCCACAGCUGGGACAGGUGAACUGCAUGGGUGAUAGUGUAGCAUUGGUGUGCUCCUUUUGCCGUUAACACUGGAGUCAGAACUCAUUAACUCGAUGUUCUCAGUGCCGCCCUGAAGACUUAUGCAACAUCUUGGGCCGUCACAGGGAGUCCCGUUGCUCAGCAGAGAUGUUACACUUUGAAAACUUCCGUGACUCUUUUCCAUUGUCCACCAGGCUCUUGCCAUAAUGCAGGUCAGAGUAGAGAGUCUACCUCAGAGGUCUGAAUUUGGAUAUGUGAAAGAUGUGGCCCAUUCAUGAGAACUGACUGAGUCUAGUUAGAAAGCUCAACAAUAGGGAUGUUGUCCUGGGAGAGACUACCAACAUUGGUCACAGUGUCUACCGGUAGAUUUGGAAUGGCACUUUAGGAAUGCAUGACCACCUCUAUAAACUGGCCAGUUCCUGUGAUGUGCAGUCAGUUAAAGAUUACCUAGUCUUAAGACCAUAAGACCAAAAGACAUAGGAGCAGAAUUAGGCCAUUUAGUCUAUCGAGUCUGCUCCACCAUUCAAUCAUGGCUGAUUUAUUAUCAUUUCAACCCCAUUCUGCUACCUUCUCCUCAUAACCUCUGACACCCUGACCUACCAUGAACCUAUCAAACUCUGCUUCAAAUAUUCUAUUGACUUGGCCUCCGUGGCCAUAUAUAUGUUAACAAAUUUCAUGACACAUGCUAGUGAUAUAAACCUGAUUCUGAUUCUGAAUUCCACAUAUUCAGCACCACCUUGCUAAAGAAAUUCCUUCCCAUCUCUUGUCUGACUGGAUGUCCCAUAUUCUGAGGCAGUACCUUCUGGUCCUAGAAUGCCCCACUAUUGGAAAUACCCUCUCUACAUCCACUCUAUCCAGGCCUUUCAGUAUUUUAUGUUGCAUAAAGGAGGCCACUCUCAUCAUUGGCCAACAUUGGUGUGGUAUUGAUUUGUAGAGAAGAGAAUCAGUCCAUUACCCACUGUGCUCAUACUGAUCCUUUUGCCGAAGUACACUAACUCCAUCACGCACAUUGGCACCGUAUCUCUCCACUGACAUUAUGGAUUCUCUGAUACCCAGUACAAGGCCAGAGUCACCAAUCACAACAUGAAAAGAAAGGAAACAAUUCAAGCUAUGAAAUUUGAAAAAGAAGAAUGAGAGUGAAUAUAUCUUUGAUAAAAAGUACAGAAGUAUUAAGGUGAACAGAUGCAUAAUGCUUUCAAAAAUAUAUAACUUUCAAAGUAGUUUUCAGAUAGUGCUGAAAAUAACAAUAUUGGGAUUAAUUAAAUCAUUUAUCCUCAUCUGUUCUUCAGUAUGCGUAUCGACUGACUGAAUUUCUGGAAUAUCUAGAUAGAAUUAACCAUUUUUAUACACUGUAAUAUCUGUGGUUCUGCCAAAUGUGUGCGGUAUGAACGUGUUAGAGUAAUGAGGUCUUCACAUCAUCAAUAACGAGCGUUGCUGCAAUGUCACCUGUGCUUCCAACUCGAAUGGCAAUAAUCUGUUUUGUUUCAAAACUUGUUCAAACUAUAUAAAUAUGUAAAAAUGUAACAGGAGAGAAAACUUUUUUGAAAAAUAAAUUACUCGUCACACAAAAUGAUUAUUAUUUUUUCUAAACCAUUGGAUUCUGUGGUUCUCUCUGUAAACUGGACAUGGGUUAAUUUCUGGGAACGUCUGAUGAUUA